CCUUGUAAGGACUUGCGUGUUACGCGCCGAGGUAUUGCCGCGUGUACGCGCUUACAUCACGGUGGCAGGCAAGCGGAGAAAACGAAGAGAUGCUGUGUUUAUUCGCUGUAUAUAUGCGGGUCGUUCGUGCUAUCCCGCAAGCACGUGCUAUCCCGCUCCCUGUUCGUUGCGAGCUUCACUCCGCCUGACUGCACAUCAACGCACACGCUCAACAGCAUGAAAGACGUAACUUUAUACGUUGUGUAUAAAACUAUAAAAAUAGACGAGUGAAUAAUACCUGGAAAAUCGAAUCGUGAUUUGUGUCCAUUCGCGAAUAUUCGAGGAAGCUGCCAGGAUGGGCUUAUUUGAUAGCUUAUCCGCCUUUACCGUGUGUAACUCUAAAUUAUUUUUUCUUUUCAUUAUACAUGAUAUAAUAUAUAUUUUAUUCCAUUUUUCUAAUUGAGUUAUAUAUUUCUAAUGCCAAUAUUUCGAUAUACAACUUUACGACGAACAAAGAUGAGCGUUUCGAUGAAACCUUUCCAUCUCUCCCAGUUUCGCCUGUAUUGUCUUUCUCAAACAUUAGGCAGUUUCGCGCUAUUAUUUCUACACGUCUGAAUUCCACGUGGAAGCUUGACCUUCCCACGAUAACGCCGAGCGAGAGCGCACAGGAUCGGUGAAUGUGUGCGGCGUGUGAUGUAGGGUGACGCGGCUUUCGCGGUGCAUUACGCCGCAGUGUCUCGCGGAAUGCAGGCGAGACAACGACGACGAAGAAGACGACGACGACGACGAGGACAUGGGCCGCGUUCCCGAUGGCGAACCUUUAUGUACGUGUCCGAGAUUUUAUCUCGUGACUCGUACGUCUCCGUCGGGAGCCCGAUAUUGUGUCGCUUGUGCUCACCGUAAUGAUCCGUACACCGGAUUAUACGCCGAUCAACUGCGUUUGCAUACCGACACAGAGACAUACAUAAGCCUCUCCUCGGGGAGUUCGCAGCGACCGAAAUACAUACAGGGCCGUUCCGACACCUUCGUCUUGGUCCUGGACAUUAAUAUUUCACAGACGCAAUAUCGUAUUGUGUCAAAUAUAUUAUGCAUUUAACAGACCAGUCAUUGUCUAUUAAAAAAUAUCCAUAUUUUUCAAAUACUUCUAGGAAGUAAUAUAAUAUUUUUUUCGAGAACAAAUAGAAACCGCUACAAGUCUCAAAAUGAUUAUAGUAUGGUUAUACAUAUGUAUCAAAGUAAUAACUUAGUGAAACUAGUAUUUAAUCGCUAUUAAUUGUUCCGCGAUUGAAAGGACUUUAUUUAGUAAAGAAAACCGUCAGAACGGCCCUGAGAAUGUAUUGCCAAAAUGCACCGUGUGAACGGCGUAAGCAACGUUUGAAACCGAAGCUAUACACGGAUGUCUCGAGUGAAAAUCGUAAUUAAUCACUUUCGAAUACGUGGGAGCGCGAACAAUCGUUGAUGGACGGUUCUCCACGCUCUGGGCAAUCACUUAAUCGCCCCUUCGGAAUAUUCCACCUAUGAUUUCUGCGAUCUGCAAAUUGCCCUACGAGCGUAACAAUAUCGUUUAUUAUACGACAUUGGCGAUUAAUUAUACUUGCAUAAACGAAAACUGAGCGAAAUAAAUAAAAAAAGCGCGGUGCACAUUAUCCUUUGCCAUAAUAGUUGAUUGUUAUUCGUACGAUUGGUUAACUCAAAACGUUUCAAUGCUGUCAGCUUGGCCUUUAGCAGAUUAUUUUUCUGCAACGAAAAUUGUUUAUGAUAAAAGAAUGAAAAAUAGAAACGUGAAGUAAAAAAAAAUAGAACGUAUUUUUACAAAGACGUAACAUAUGGCAAACGGAAUGUUUUUUUCAAUACGUUGAUAGCUUAAUUUUAACAACCAGAAUUAUCGUAUUCGUACACACUAAAUUUUUUUUCGAAAACACUUUCUCUUAACUACUUAGUCUUAUCCUUAGAAGAAAGUUGGUCUCGCGGAUCCAUAUAAUUAUUCAGAAUCGUCGUUGACAGAUGAAGAAACGAGUCGAAGAUUUCGAAGUAAUUAGGGUGUAUUUUAUUUUAGAAUACGAUUCGAUUUGCCGAAAGCGAAUCGUCGGGUUACGCCCUCGAUGAGUCGCGAUUAUUAUCAUAAAAGGCGGAACGCAAACCGCUCGUUAAGUUCAUUAACGAACUGCGAGUAACUCUGCCCUUUUUUACUCGAGUUACCGUUAAGAGGAUAUGUCAGAAUACUGAUAUUCUCUAUGUCUGUCAAUCUACUUACAUAACGUCACGAAUGCAUACGUAACGUACGUAUAUGUACACGCAAUCGAUAGAUCGCGCGUUAAUAUUUAACUUUCCAAAUCAAAAUUUCGGUUUUACGUUAACCUUAUAAAUUCUACCGAACUUGAAAGACCAAGAUUUCGAGACAUAACAAUACCCAGACUACUGUCCUUUAAUUCUUUAAAUAAUUAUUUGCUACAAUCUUUUUCAUGUUGAGAUUUUAAUUUAAAUAUCAAUUUAUGAACUAUAUAAUAUUCGCAAAUAUUCCACUAACAUUUAAUUUUUAUUCACAAUUUCGAUAAGUAAUAUAUUAAACAAUUUACUCUGCAGAGAGAUAGAAUAAUGCGGUAAAUAUCUAUUAAACAAUUUAAUAUAAAAAAAUAUUAACGAGUAAAUAUAAUUAAUUGGCAAAUAAAACAGCAAGCUUUUUUAAUAUUUUAAAAUUUUCUUUCAAUCUGUUUAUUGUUAUUUUUCUAUUCACGUUGAAAAUUUCGAUAAAAUAUGAAGAUUCAAAAGAAGAUAAAAUUAUUUCGUUGCCGACUGUCGCCACAUCCUGCGUCCUGCAUUCCGUCCUAGAAUCAAUUUCUCAUUCUCACCAUGGCUCUCAAUAGUUUCACGCAAAAACACGAUUUAAUCGAAAAUGCAACGUUGAUUCAUGGUAGUAUAUUAAUUAACUACGAUCGUCGAAGGCUACACUUUUAGUAUGUACUGUCCUGAUCACUUUAUCCGCUUUGAGAGUCACGAAUAUUUUCAUGUCGUUGGUUGUUAUGAUCCUUCGGCCGCCAAAGGUACGCAUCAUUGACUGUAAAGCAACAACGAUUAGCGACUAACGGGCGAUGACGUAGAGGUUUUUGCUCAUUGUUUUGGUAAGUCUCGCGCUUAACGUACUUUUCCGUAAUCGAAUUAUUGUGUUUUGAGCCGCGUUGAGCGACGCACGUACUGUGAACAGUAUGUAUCGGUAUUUUUGCUAUUCCCGUCUAAUUUCCGUCGAACUAUUUUGUUGAGUAUUGAACUUUUUAAUCGGUUUCUCAUCGGCAUCGCGUUAGUUAACGCGUGUUUUUCCGAUCGAAUCGCAUUUUCGUGAGUGUCAGUGCUACGACGUUGAAACAGCCAGAAUGUUAGCCAGCCAGAUUGGGGAACCAGGACGAAGAUGGAGGGUAUUGGGACACGGUCAGUAGCACAUCAUAUAUUUCUAGAUUUAUUAGAAUUUACGGCGAUACGAUGGGUGCGGUCCCCUGGGGUGUAGUUUCGAUGGACACAGAUACCGUACUGGAGGAUCCGGUUCAAGCCGAGCAGAGUCGGCUCGAAGAUUGGUAGCAGAAUGUGGCCGUCUCUGACACGUGGAUCAAUCGACGGCAGCGGAUCAGUCAGCCUCAUCCUCCUUCUGGUCCCCCACUCUCAAAACCGAAGACAUCUUUCAGCAGGACAACAGCGCGAGCUUUUUCCCCACAGCCCAUGGCCUCGUGCAGACCCAUCCGACCAGCAGUGGCGGCGUGUUCCGCAGCGGAUUCGGCGGAAUCGACAAUCUCGGUAGUCGAGGGGUGACGAUGAGACCGCCGAGGACGCGACCCCUCGACUACAAUGAGCGAGCCACCGCCGAAUUGCGUCGGAACCCGUCGCUCUCGUCGCCGGACGAAUGCGCUCGCGCCUGCCGCGAGAAUGAGCCACCCAGGAUAUGCUACUACCACUUCACGCUCGAAUAUUACACGGUGCUCGGCGCAGCGUGUCAGGUAUGCACACCGAACGCAACCAACUCCGUAUGGAGUGAGUGUCAAUGCGUUCUGGCGGACGGCGUGGAGCGUGGUAUCCUGACUGCGAACAGAAUGAUCCCCGGGCCAAGUAUCCAGGUGUGCCAGGGUGACAAAGUCGUAGUCGACGUGGAAAAUCACAUGGAGGGAAUGGAAGUCACAAUUCACUGGCACGGUGUCUGGCAACGAGGAUCUCAGUAUUACGACGGCGUGCCUUACGUGACGCAGUGUCCCAUUCAAGAGGGUAACACAUUCAGAUAUCAGUGGACGGCGGGCAACGAGGGUACGCAUUUCUGGCAUGCUCACACCGGCAUGCAAAAGAUCGACGGUCUUUACGGAAGUAUAGUGAUCCGACAGCCACCGAGCAAGGACCCCAACAGCAAUCUGUACGACUACGAUUUAACUACGCAUGUGGUGCUCAUCAGCGACUGGUUCCACGAGAGCGCUAUCGAGCGUUACCCUGGUCGUCUCGCGGUCAACACCGGUCAGGCGCCUGAAAGCGUGUUGAUUAACGGGAAAGGUCAAUUUAGGGAUCCCAACACCGGCUUCAUGACGAAUACGCCUCUCGAAGUGUUCACUAUAACUCCAGGCCGUCGUUACCGAUUCCGAUUGAUCAACUCGUACGGAUCAGUAUGCCCCUCUCAAAUUACUGUCGAGGGUCACACUCUCACUAUUAUCGCCACCGAUGGUGAAGCAGUGCGUCCAGUACAAGUUAACACCAUAAUCUCUUUCUCGGGUGAACGUUACGAUUUCGUCAUAAACGCUGACCAGCCAGCCGGCGCUUAUUGGAUCCAACUUCGGUCGCUCGGAGAAUGUGGAAUUCCUCGAGCUCAACAGCUGGCUAUUCUGCGAUACGCUCGUGGUCCUUAUCAACCUUCUACCGCGCCACCUACGUAUGACUUCGGUCUGCCACAAGGCGUCGUUCUGAAUCCUCUGGAUGCCAUUUGCAACCGACCGCGCCAGGAUGCGAUUUGCGUGAACCAGUUGAAAAACGCCCGCCACAUUGAUCAGGGCAUCCUUCAGCAACGCCCUGACGUGAAAAUCUUCCUGCCAUUCCGCUUCCUGUUCUAUAGACCAGAAGAGGUCUUCCAACCGCAGACCUACAAUCGCUUCCUCGUUGCGCCGACCGGCGACCAUGUAAUUUCUCUCGUUGAUGAGAUCUCGUUCACGUUUCCUCCGGCACCCCCGCUCUCGCAAAUCGAUGACAUUCCACCCGAACAAUUCUGCAACGGUGAUAACAGACCGGCCGACUGCGGCGCCAACUGCAUGUGUACGCACCAGGUUGACAUUCCACAUAAUGCGGUCGUCGAGGUGGUUCUCGUUGACGAAGUACAACAACCAAACUUGUCGCAUCCCUUCCACUUGCACGGAUACGCGUUCAACGUGGUCGGUAUCGGCCGUUCUCCCGAUAAAAAUGUGAAAAAGAUCAACCUGAAGCAUGCUCUAGACCUCGAUAAACGUGGUCUUUUGCACAGACAGUUCAACCUGCCUCCCGCUAAGGACACUAUCGCCGUUCCCAACAACGGCUACGUCAUCUUCCGGUUCCGCGCAGAUAAUCCGGGAUAUUGGCUGUUCCACUGCCACUUCCUGUUCCACAUACUGAUCGGCAUGAAUCUGAUUCUGCACGUGGGGACACACGGAGACCUGCCGCCGAUACCGCCCAACUUCCCGACCUGCGGUGAUCAUUUGCCACCCAUCACACCGCCGUUGUCGCUGGACAACUUGUUCCACUGAUGCGUGAAUGCGAGCGACCAGCUCGGAGAAGCCGAGAAAAAAAGAAAGGGAGAGAAAGAGAGAGAGAGGGGGAGAGAGAGAGAGAGAGACGCUCCAAAGUCCAUACGAUACUUGUAGCAUAUUCCUGUAAAGUAGCGCGCGAGCCUGUAAUAUUUUCUAUCUUCUCUUUUCUCAAUUCCUCUCGACCUGGCCGGUCGUCCUCGAGAGCGCGCUCGGCUCGAAAGGUGACGAUCGAUCGGGGAGCGAGGAAUUCGAGGGAUGUCGAGCCGUUGCCUCGCGAGACCGGCCGAAGACGGGAUGGCGGCGCGAGACAACUCGAACGACGUGGAGAAGAGGCUCGCGAGGCGACGGAUCAACGAGAGGCGAUCGACGUCCCGCUGGACGUCGCGAAACGACGAACGUUCACAGAGGCGAUGAUGACUUUACGUUGACGACAGUCGAUAAUUUAUUGUGUUCCAGAUGCUUCAUCCGCCACCGUGUCACUCGCGUUGCGAGUUUUACCCCUCUUGUUAUUUCGAAUGCAGCUGACCGCCCGCUGCGAAUCCCGUAGAGCGCGGAUAUUCAGAUACAGCGAUUGCAUAAUGCAGUCAUAACGAUUUGUCCUCGCAUCGAGCGUAUCGUGUCACGUCAUUUAGACAACUUUGAAAGACAAGAUUUCGUCGGAUAUUUACGCUGUACGGGAACCACGGAUGGCGACCGCAAACCCCGUUGUGACGAGUGAAGCAUCUCAGCUGGAAACGUACGAACGUUUUCGAUUAACGUUUGCAACGCUGUAAAUAAUGUAGAAAUAGUCACUACAGUUAACGAGAUAUUAAGGGGGGAAAUCCAAUUAGAACGAGGAAAA